AUGUCGCGAAUUACUUUUUACGAGUUAUUAGCAGUUUGUGGAGAAAAACUAGCAAAGAAAGAUGCACGUAUGAGAAAUGCGAUAAUAUCAGAGGAAAAACUAGUAAUAACUAUCCGAUAUUUGGCUACGGGCUGCUCUUUGGCCGAAUUACAUUAUAAUUUUCGUAUUGGUAGAUCUAUUGCUAGUAACAUUAUCCAAGAAAUAUGCGAAGCAAUAUGGAUUGAAUUAGCAGACAAAGUUAUACCGCAAUGUUCAACAGAGAAAUGGAUAGAAAUUGCUAAAGGGUUUCAAACAUGUGCACAGUUUCCCAACUGUGUAGGAGCAAUAGACGGGAAACAUAUUUGGACUAAGCAGCCACCCAAUAGUGGGUCUAUGUACUACAAUUAUAAACAGUACUAUUCUACGGUACUGUUUGCGAUGUGCGAUGCAAAUUAUUGCUUCUCGUAUAUUGAAGUGGGAUUAUAUGUUAAAUCAAGUGAUGCUGGCAUAUUCACAAAUUGUAAACUUUAUGAACGAUUAGUUGAUGGUACAUUGGGAGUCCCUGCACCAUGUGCUAUUGACGAAACGAAUGAAAAAUAUCCUUUCAUAAUAGUUGGCGAUGAGACAUUCCCCUUAUCCGAAAAUUUGCUUAGGCAUUUUGGAGGUAAACAACUGACACCUUUAAAAGAAACUUUCAAUGCUAGAUUAACCAGAGCCAGAAGAUAUAUCGAAUGCUGUUUUGGUAUUCUAGCCAACAAAUGGCGUAUAUUUCAUCGACCUAUUGACCUCGAUAUUGAUGUAACUGUAACUGUAGUUAAAGCUGCUUGUGUGUUACAUAAUUUUAUAAGGACAAGGGAUGGCAAUCGGUGGAAUGACGAGAAGUUAGAUGAAAAUAUCAAUCUUGAAGGUCUAGCACCAGAUACAACCCACAGAGGAAAUCCAUUAGCAUUAUCCGCUAGAGAUAAAUACGGUCAAUAUUUUGUAGAACAAAAAACCGUUAAAAUAAUAAAGAUAGCCAAUAAAAAAUGUUAA